GGUAAGGAUACAAAAAUUAAAUUACAGGCUGAUUAUACGGCCUGCUUAUAAAUUUUAAAAUGGACUAUAUUAUUUUGAUUGGCACUGGAACAUUGGUUUGGGUAGAAUAGUAAGAAAACUAAAUAAACAAGCUGAGUAGAUAGAAAAAAAAAUAAUGUGCUUUUCCUUGGAUGCAACAUGCAUAAUCGAAGGGGAAAAAAUGAGGAAACACCACAAGUUGUAAACCAUUAGGAUUUAAGAUCUCAGUUUUAACAAGGGGUUACAUUGCUGGGGUAGAAAACUUUCAGGCAUUUUGAGCAACCACUUUUUCAUUUUCAGAAUUCGCAAGGACCAUUUGAUAUCUCAUUUGAGGGUAAUCUUUCAGAAGAUAUGGCUUCAGGAACUGUUGAAUUUGUAAGCUUAGAGAGUGUCCCAGUAUGGAACGUUGAUGGCCGCCUAUAUGGAAAGGCUAUUCCAACCUCGCAAAGACCAGGAGUUUUCAAAGUGAAGGUGUACUCGAAUGAUAACAGCUUUCUGGGCGAGACAGAAAUUGAGUAUUUAGAUUUAAUAGACGAAGUGCUUGCACAGGCAAUGAAGAGCCGAGCUAUUAUGCGGAAGUUCUUGGCAGUCCUCUAUCGGAGCCUGCAAGAAGAUUCAGGAGGAAUUAUAGGCAACACACAAGGAUCUUCAAAAUUUGGUAUGUUAACCCUUUCAGGAGUGCACUUCUUGUAUGAUGUACAUUGUCAUAUGACACUAUAGUUACCAGAGCUUAGUGCAGAGUGCACUAUUGGGAUGACAUCCACUAAAGCACUAUGGCAAUAAGGCUCCAACGUGUAGACUUCACUGUUUGUUCACUUCAUUAAUUUCAAUUAAUUAAUUAGGCUUGCAGCAAGGGGGAUGGGAUGGGGUAGGUACUUGUGAGCACUACAUAAAACGUCUAGUACCUACGCUACAUCUUUGAUUACUUCACAAAACUAUAUAUUUGUCUCAGAAAACCCCUUGCUUUCUUUGUGGUACUUUUCACUUUAGAACAAAACCAAUAUUUGGUCUAAAUGCAUGUGCUGAUUAAUAAGCAUUAGCGCAAAUACAUAUUAGGUGUAAG